AUGUUAACGAGCGACGACAUAUUGGAGCAGGCGGCGCGCGACGGCUCCAUUGACAUCUUCGUCGCUGACUUGAAUGAAGNNAUCGUACAUAACGACUUUCCUAUACCGAAGCCUCCACCGCCUCCCAACCCACCCGUUCUGUUGCCCGUCGCACCCGUUAUUCUACCUUCCAAUGACGACUCAGUACUCCCACCAAAGUCGCCUGAACCUAUUGCCUCGACAGUAGAACCCUCAGAAUCGGUGGAGGUCUCUGAAACGCCAGGCAGUACCGACAAGGAGAAUGCUGUACCACGCCCACCCGUCCCUUCUUUUGCCGCAGUCCCUCAACUCAGACAGCAGUCACCUUCCUCGCCUCUACCACCAGAACUAUACAAUCUCUACAAUUACUCCAGGAGUACUCUCGAGAACAACUUCCCCAAACAGCCACCAUACACCAUCCAGCGCCUUGCAGAGCUAGUCUUGCAUCCAAAGAGAUGUUACCGCUAUCUACCGCCCUUCCUCCAAGCCCUCGAUCGUGUCGUCUCCGUCACCAGUACAGUGAACGAAUUUCCUCUAGCCCACGCCAGCAUCGACUCUGCAACCAUUUUCCUUGCAAACGGCGAGCCCACCGAACACCAUUCCGAAGGCGAAGGUUUAGGAAGUGACGAAAGUCUGGGAGGUGCACUGCUUACUCCCAUUCCUUGGUUAAAGCGCGAAAACGGUCACCACGAUUUCCGCAGCGAGAGUCAGCAGACCAUAGAAGGUCCCAAUGGCGUCGGCGUCAUCGAAACUGUUUCCGUCUCUAAUGGCGCAUCUGCCUCGCCUCAGGAAGAUGACACAAGGAGUCAUGAACAACACUUACGAGCAGAAGGCGGUGUUACACAGGGCGAGUUGCUACGUCAAGAGCAGGAAGCCGGUAUCGUGCCCGUGGGUCAGGAAGUGCCCCGUCGCACCUUGAUGGCCAGCGGCUCUGCCAACGCUGUCGGCAGAGGCGAGAACACACAAGCUGCAGAGGAGGAAGCAGGCGAGAAGCCUGAGGAGCAUGCUCACGCACGUGGGCCCGAGGAGAUCGGAGCCGAGGACAUGGGACCCCAACCGGACGCAUCUAUCGGAGUCACGAGACCUCUGAACAUGGAAGCUGCAGCGGGGAGAGCCAAGUCACCAGAAACCUCGCGCGACGACACUGCCAUAGAAGGCAUGACUGAAGGCCAGGAGGACAAGAAGGAGGAACCCAAGCCCGAAGAUAAACCGGAAGAAAAGAUCGAGCAAGUUGAUGAAGAGAUGCCAGAUGCAUAG